CAGGUCAAUGGAGGGGUUUGCUUUAGUUGAUGAGAACUGGGUUAGGGAGCAAUUAAAUAGUCUGGACAUCCAUAAAUCCAUGGGUCCAGAUGGGAUGCAUCCGCGGGUGCUGAGGGAGCUGGCUGAAGUCAUUGUUGGACCGCUCUCCAUCAUCUUUGCCAAGUCUUGGGAAACGGGGGAGGUGCCCGAGGAUUGGAGAAAAGCAAAUGUCACUCCAGUCUUCAAAAAGGGCAAGAAGGAGGACCCGGGUAAUUAUAGACUGGUCAGCCUCACCUCUGUCCCUGGGAAAGUAAUGGAACAGCUUAUCCUUGGUGCCAUCUCGAGGCAUAUCAAGGAUAAGAGGGUUAUUAGGGGCAGUCAGCAUGGCUUUACCAAGGGUAAGUCAUGCUUGACCAACCUCAUAGCCUUUUAUGAGAAUGUAACAAGGUGGAUGGAUGAUGGCAGAGUGGUGGAUGUGGUCUACUUUGACUUCAGUAAAGCCUUUGACACAGUCUCCCACAGCAUCCUCACAGCUAAGUUGAGGAGGUGUGGUCUAGACAAUAGAGUAGUGAGGUGGGUUGCAAACUGGCUUAAGGAGAGAAGCCAGAGAGUGGUAGUCAAUGGUGCGGAGUCCAGUUGGAGGCCAGUAUCUAGUGGAGUG